UAGCCAAAGUGCAUGAUUAGAGUUUUUUGCCACAACAACCAAUCAGAGAAAAGGCGAUUUACAACUUGAGCUAUUUGUGCAUUUAGCAUUUGAAGUGUGUUUGGUUUCGUGAUGGAUGCAGCGGGUAUUGCAUUCACCCUGGUCGGACCACUUUUGAUCCAAAUUUGGGAUCUUUGGUUGCAAUAAAGCAAGAUCGAUUUAGCUGAUAAAGUCCAAGUUGGGUAUGAAGUAACCUCGGGUAGCUUUUGCUUCAUCCAAUAAUAUAGAUUUGUUGGACCUCUUCACCGAUUGUAAAGUGGCCUUUCUUGUCUGCAUCCUGCAAACGUAAGAACCUGAAAUUGGAUACAAGAUUUAAAUGUCUUUGAAAUAUUAAAAGCCUAGCCUAUUAGAUACUGCCAUGAUUGUGAAGCUCUAGAGUUUUAAAUUUUAAACUCUUCCAAGUUUAUUAUACUAGGACAAACACAAGCUUACAGCAUGUUUGGAUACCACCAAAAAUCGUGGUGGAUCCAAUAAAAUCACGGUGAAUACGUGAAUUUUCUAAAGCAUCUACCAGUAACUUCAAAUACAACGUGAUUUUAGAAUCGAAUUUGAUUGACCCCACCGCCAUCCCAAACAUACCAUUAAUCUCUUCUAAACUUAUUUUUUUGUCAAACUUGCACAAUUUCAAGUGAACGUGACAAAAAUCAGUGAGAUGUUGAUUAUAUAAGAGUUUUCAGGUUCGGAUAAACUGAGUUCCUCAAAGCAUUGCCAUACACCUGCUACCAGAAGGCAAUUGUUCAGGGAAAAUGAUGUCGUGGGCGUGUCGUUCGGAAGAGUCAGAGAGCCCCAACAACCUAAUCCCGUACCUCCCAAACGACGUCGCAUUGAACUGCCUAGCACGCAUCCCUCGUUCCCACCACCCAACCCUCUCGCUUGUGUCGAAACCAAUCCGAAGCCUCCUCUAUUCCCCUCUCUUGUUCACCACGCGCUCCCUCCUCCAAUGCACCCAACCCCUCCUCUACCUCACUCUCCGCUCACGCGAUUCCUCCCUCCAGUGGUUCACGCUCCACCGCACAAACCCUAACCCCCUCCUUGCUCCUCUUCCUCCCAUCCCCUCCCCCGCCGUUGGCUCCGCCUACGCCGUCCUUGGCCCCACCAUCUACGUCCUCGGCGGCUCCAUCCAAGACGUCCCCUCCUCCCACGUCUGGCUCCUCGACUGCCGCUUCCACCGCUGGCUCCGUGGUCCCCCCAUGCGCGUCGCCCGCGAGUUCGCCGCCGCCGGCGUCCUCCACGGCAAGAUCUACGUCCUCGGAGGCUGCGUCGCCGACACCUGGUCCCGCUCCGCCAACUGGGCAGAGGUCCUUGACCCCGCCUCGGGCCGGUGGGAGAGGGUCGCCAGUCCGACGGAGGUCCGGGAGAAGUGGAUGCACGCCAGCGCCGUCGUCGGGGACCGAAUCUACGCGAUGGCGGACCGCGGCGGCAUCGCUUUCGAGCCACGCAGCUGCGCGUGGGAGAGCGUGGGGGGAGAAUUGGACCACGGGUGGAGGGGGAGGGCGUGCGUGGUGGAGGGAAUCUUAUACUGCUACGACUACUUGGGGAAAAUCAAAGGGUUCGAUGUGGGGCGCGGGGUGUGGGAGGAGCUGAAGGGGUUGGAGAAUGCUUUGCCGAGGUUUUUGUGUGGGGCCACCAUGGCUGAUUUGGGUGGGAAACUGUGCGUGGUUUGGGAGUGCCAAUGCAAUGGGAAGGAGAUGGAGAUUUGGUGCGCGGAGAUUGGGGUGAAGAAGAAUUCGGAUGGGGAAUUGUGGGGUCAACUUGGUUGGUUUGGGAAGGUUCUUUCUGUUCCCAAAGGCUCUUCUAUUGUCAACUGUUCUUCUGUUUCCUUGUGAUUGUGACCAUGCAUGCAAGCAUUCUUUGAUUUUGCAUUGAAUUGCCGCCACUUCCUGCUCUGAUGUUUGUAUGUGAAACUAUGAAUAAUUAAAUAAACAGGAGCUGCUCAAGCAGUACUACGCCUGGAAGUGAAUCAAGUGAUGUGUUUGUGGAAUGAAAGUUUGUGUACAAAUGUCUCUGCGACAUUGAAUUUCAGUUACUGGAUGAUUAAGCAAUACUCUUGUUGUUGCAUAACAUGGACAUUCAUUUGUCAGUUAUUCGGAUAAUCAUAGGAAAUGUGUAUUUAUAUCUGAAUUCCGUUUCAUAUUUGUAUCUGUAUUUACAUUUACAUACUUAAUAUAUGAUAUAUUCUCACUCAUAAUUGAGGAAAUAGAUUUGGCAA